AUGAGGUUGGGGAGGGAAGGGAGGGGGGGGUGUCGGGAGCUCAUCCACCAGCGUGGAGGCCACGAAUGGCAAGGAGGAGAAGGUGACGGCAGAUGUGGAGGAGAGGGCAGUGGCAAAGGGGAGGUCAGGGUGGAGGAGAGGGUGGCGGCCGGAGAGGAAGUCAAAAGUGGAGGAGUGGCAAUGGGCAGCUCUCUUGGGAGGCGUGGGCGACGAGGAGGAAGGCGCGACAUGGGGAAGGAAUUGCGGGGACGAGGAGGGGGCGCAGGGAUGAGGAAGAAGCCCUUGCUAAAAAUUGCUACCGAGAAGCUUGGUGUUUGGGGCAACCUUGGCUUAUUUAUGAUGAAAAACUGCCUGAGAAGCAGAUCCGAACAGGGCCAUAGUAAUGCAAAGUCACUGGUUGGUCAGUGCAACUCUCUUCUCGACGAUCAUAGAUGCCAUAGAUUACAUGGUAAUGCAGGUGGUUAG